UAACGUUCCACAACGCGUGCGUAACGUAUGUAUGCGACCCCAGAACGGACUGCUCCCUGCUGAUCUCAUCGGUUAAUGGACUAAUGAAAGGAUGAGGGUUUGAGAAAACACCUUAUUGUUACCGAAUACCGUGAAGCCAGUGUAAUGCGAUAGUGAAAAGAUAUUGUCUCUCUCACCACGCGCAUGGCGCGUUAGGGGAAACUGCAGGCUACAGCUGUCUGUCCGGUCAGCUGUUUUUAUUUACCGAGAGACAGCAGCAUCAAUAGGAGGGGGAGACCACAGACUUGUCUAUACCGGCGCCCCGGACCCCCACAGACCAGACCACCAGGACUAAGAGAGAGGAGGGGAGAGAGAGAGGAUGGAGUUUAAGCAGCUGGUGGAGGUGGCGGAAAAAUGGUGUUCGUCUGUUCCGUUCGAUCUGAUCUUUGCGGAGGAGGAUGAUGAGAGGAGACUGGACUUCUACGCAGAACCGGGAAUCUCCUUCUAUGUCCUUUGUCCCGAUAACAUGACGGGAGGGACCGAGAAUUUCCAUGUAUGGAGUGAGAGUGAGGACUGCCUGCCGUUCCUACAGCUAGCCCAGGACUACAUCUCCUCCUGCGGGAAGAAAACACUGCUUGAGGUCCUGGACAAAGUCUUCACUUCCUUUAGACCUUUGCUGGGUCUACCAGACAUCGAUGACGAGACGUUUGAGCAGUACCAUGCAGGCGUGGAGGAGGAACCAGAGCCGGACCACCAGCAGAUGGGAGUCAGCCAGCAGUGAUGCCUACAGAAGAGGUGUCUGACCGGGCCACAAUAAUUACCCACACCUCUGGUUUCAUCCCCUGCAUCAAUACACAGGCCCAACGACCCUGUAGCGACUAUACAAAGUCAUAAUGUAUACUCGGAUUCAUAAUGUACACAUACACACACACACACACACACACACACAGGACAGCUGGACAGCCAGCCUGCUGAAAUGUACCAUUGCAUUCUUUAACUUAUCAAAAGCUUUGCUCUCCAGAUAUUGCACUCCUUCUCAUGUCACACACACACACACACACACACACACACACAGCUGUGUCAUACAACAUUAUUAUUAAUGUCAUUCAUACAGCAGGCUACAACAUUACUAUAGUUUAUAUUACUAACCACUACCAUGCUGGUUCUAGCAUGAUAAGCAUGACGCUCUCCAACCUUGCUCAGCAUAUCCACAUAAAGACAAACAAUCAACUAGUCUAGCAGCAACAACAUACUCCCUCCCCAGCCUGGCCACCCAGACAUAGCAGAGCACUGUCACUGUCAACCAUGUAACACCUGACUGGAACCAUCCACUGUACCACACAAUGCUAGCCAAACCAGCACAUUGUUGUGACCUUGUAAAAAUGUUAGCGGUAAAAAUAGAGGGAGGAAUAGAGCAGAAAUGUAAUCCUAUGUUAGAAACUGUCCCUUAUGUACUGCUUUGAAGUUGGCCAAGAGCUGCUGUAUCUGUGUGUUUAUUUCAUUGUGUGUGUUUAUUUCAUUGUGUGUGUGUGUGUGUGUGUGUGUGUGUGUGUGUGUGUGUGUGUGUGUGUGUGUGUGUGUGUGUGUGUGUGUGUGUGUGUGUGUGUGUGUGUGCGUCACCACCAUCAGUGCACUGCUACGCUUUUACUAUCCCCACGGACCUGAAGGAGUAGGAUGAAGUUGUGUUUAGACACUGAUCCGAGGUCAUUUUCCCCCGUUAUUGGGAUUGGGGAAAGGAAACUGUUCCUAGAUCUGUGUCUACAGGCAAUGUCUACCUGCAAGCAGCCUUCUUCCACCUUACUAAACUAGGCCUACACUUGUUACUCUCUCUGAACAUGGCAACUACAAUAGAUGUAAGUCUCUCUCCGAAUGCUUUAAAGUCUUUACUUAUGAACAUCAUUUUUAGUUACAUUAUUUAACUGAAUGUUUGUCAUGCUAAUGUGUGUUUUUAUGUUCUGUCCUCCAGUGUGUGUGAAGGUAUUCAAUAAAACAAAUGUGUGUAGGGA